GUUUUGGCUCGCGUUUCAUUUGAUUACGUAAUGGUCCGAGGUAGUGUUUUUCUCCAUUUAUAAUCUCAGCACCGGAAAUGCAAUUGGAACAAAACGUGAGUCACUAUUGCGUAAAUGGCACCACUCGUACAACUGCAUGCUGUCUGAAUGCCAGCACGAUGGCGUUCGUGCCAAAGGAAAAUCCCGAAGAGAAGCUCUAUAAAGAGCCCGCUGUCUGUGUACCAACCUACGCGCGUCUUGCUGAGAUCGCAAAUAGCCUGGGCUUCGAAAUGGAAGAGAGUGAGCUGAUGGCUUAUCGAGAGGCAAUUUCUAGUACCCUGGCAGAUACGUACCAACGGUUGUACGAGUUACCCGACCCCAAACUACCAGUGAAAUAUCCACGGACUCCAGGUUACAGACCAUCACCAGAAGACAACCCUUACAAUGCUUGGUAUUGGCGAUGUGACAUUAAGGGAGCAUCAAGUGGUAAACUUCGCGGCAAAACUGUGGCUAUCAAGGACAACACAUGUGUGGCAGGAGUACCUAUGAUGAAUGGUUCUCGUACCCUGGAAGGAUUUGUCCCGGAUGUGGAUGCUACUGUAGUGUCUCGGAUAUUGGAUGCUGGUGGACACAUAGUGGGGAAAAGUGUUUGCGAAGAUUUGUGUUGUAGCGGAGGUAGUUUUACUGCUGCCACUGGUCCGGUGGUUAAUCCACACAAUAAGACGAGAAUGUGUGGAGGGUCAUCAUCUGGUUCUGCAGCUUUGGUGGCUGGAGGUCAAGUUGACAUGGCAACCGGUGGAGACCAAGGAGGUUCCAUAAGGAUCCCCGCUGCGUGUUGCGGCAUUGUGGGUCUGAAACCCACAUACGGAUUAGUUCCAUAUACGGGCAUUAUGCCGAUAGAGUUUACUUUGGAUCAUACUGGACCAAUGGCCAGGACUGUGUAUGAUACAGCUCUGAUGUUGGAGGCUAUGGCUGGAUAUGACGGAGGACUGGACCCUAGACAGCCACGAGAUCUCAAAGUGCCUGAGUAUACUUUGGGGCUCACAGGAAAAAUACACAACUUGAAAAUAGGAAUCUUGAAAGAAGGCUUUGGAUUAAAGACCUCCGAAGCGGAUGUUGAUAAGAAGGUCAGAGAGGCCGCUGAACAGUUGGGUACUGCAGGUGGCGCAACUGUCGAGGAAGUGUCUGUCCCGAUGCAUUCUGACGGUGUUCGAAUCUAUGGGGCCAUCGGACAUAUUGGAGGUGAUCGAAUGAUGUUUGAAGGAGCUGGGGCUGGAACUGCGGCAAGGAUGUAUUACGACACCACUCUGCAGGAAGCCUUCUCACGAGGCCUAAAAUGCCACUCGAAUGACCUGUCAAAGAGAGGCAAACUCACUCGGCUGAUCGCUAAGUAUUUGCACGAGGAUUACCACGGUAUCUUUUACGGAAAAGCACAGAACCUCGGUCGAGAACUUUGCAAGGCGUAUGAUGCGGCACUUGAAAAAUACGAUGUGUUGAUUCUGCCCACCAUCCCCAAGAAGGCAUCAGUUUUCCCGCAGGAAAACGCUCCUCUAAAAGAAUAUUUGGCAAGGGCUUCUGGGAGUGCUCCAAACACGUCACCAACUAAUGUCACGGGUCACCCAGCUCUAUCCAUCAACGUCGGCUUCAGUGAUGGCUUACCAGUUGGUAUGAUGAUUGUAGGGAGAAAGUUUGACGAGAUCACCGUUCUGAAUGUCGCAUACGCUUACGAGAAGAUCAGAGAUGCGGAAAAAUAAGAUUACAAGAUGUCUAUAAAUAGACUCAGAACUACAAGAUUUUUUUCACUCUUGAAAAUUCUUGACUGACAUUGUCGCACCAAAAUCUUGUUCGGUAAUCUCUUAUAGUUCAUUUCAGUUGGAAGAUAAUACGACUUCAGAAUCAGUUUGGAGGGACAACUUCUAUGAAAUAUAUUUAAUUUCCUUUUACUAGAGAGAAGUUCUAAAGUUCCUAGAAUUUUUGAAUAUAUCAGCAGUGCGCAAAAAGGUAAAAUAUUUCUGCUAAGAUUGGUGCUAAUAUACUUAUUUUAACACCAGUAAAUUUUUCGAUUCAUUUUGCGUUACGUCAUCCAGGGGUUCUGAAAGGAGAUUGAUAUCAAUGGUUUGUUUGAGGAGUAGCUCAAGUGCAUCAAGAACUGUCUUGAAGACUGGGGGAAAAAAUAGUCACAUAUUAAGAGAUCAAAAAAGAACUGAAAAAGGCUUUCCAGAAAACUAUUUUUGCCCAAAACUACCUCUAAAUGAUAUUGAGCCAAUGUUAGUCAAAGUGCGGAAAAGUGCUAAAAAUGCAAACCAGAGCUCUAAUAAAAAUGCUCAAAAGGUGCUCGACUUCAUCAGAAAUGGCUUUAGCAAGCGAAAUAAAGUAGGUACAUUUCGCUGAUGCCUCACACUCUUUUUAUUCUUUUAAGAUACACCUGUUUUCUCUAUUAGAAGUUACACCGGUAAACCUUAAGGAUCUAAAAUGUGCUCAUCUACAGAACGUUAGCAGGAUUUUUUAGGCAUCACAAGACCCAGAUGAUACGCGCCAUUACCGGAUGUAGAUGUUUCCAUGAGGGUUGUUGACGUUGGUGAGGUGGUUCAGACUGUUCGUGCCACAAGGAUCAUGGGUAGGCCAGUUCCCUGUGCGUGUGUUAGACUCGAAAUAGUAAUACUCCUUUAACCAUGAGCUACUUUGAGAUCGUAUCAGAUCCGGUCCCAGAGUAGAACCUGCAGGAUUUCCAGCAGCAUGAAGAAUGAGUUGGUCGGGAACGUAGUUAUGACAUUUAGAAGCCACGUUCUUUAUAAUGCGGCAUAAAACACUUCCAGUUUUGAAUUCCACCAGACUUCCGGUUCCUUCUUUACAAGCGAUCCAGUGGUUGAUGUUGGAUUUCACCAUGAA